UAGACUAUUUUAAUAAUGGCAACCUUCGUGACAUUGAAUACCGGAGCAAAAAUGCCGCUUGUCGGUCUCGGAACUUGGAGGUCCUCCCCGGGCCAAGUGGCUGGGGCAGUGAAGGCAGCCAUUUCAGCUGGAUACCGCCACAUUGAUGGGGCUUAUCUCUAAAAGAAUGAGACCGAGGUUGGGGAGGGGAUUCAUGCCAUGAUCAAGGAGGGCGUGGUGAAGAGAGAGGACCUGUUUGUGGUCAGCAAGCUGUGGUGCACCUUCCAUGAGAAGUCCAUGGUGAAGGCUGCCUGUCAGAAGACCCUGACUGACCUGAAGCUGGACUACCUGGACCUCUACCUAAUUCACUGGCCAAUGGGUCUGACGGCUGAGACAGAGGAAUUUCCUCUAGACAGCGAGGGGCUCACCGUGUCAGAUGGCACCAGCUUUUUGGAUACUUGGGAGGGUAUGGAGGAGCUGGUAGAUGCUGGGAUGGUCAAGGCCAUUGGAGUCUCCAACUUCAACCAUGAACAGAUUGAGGCCUUAUUGAACAAACCGGGCCUGAAGUACAAACCUGCCAACAACCAGAUUGAAUGCCACCCCUACCUGACCCAGGAGAAGCUGAUCAACUACUGUCACUCCAAAGGCAUCUCUGUCACAGCAUACAGCCCCCUGGGCUCUCCAGACAGACCAUGGAGUGUGAAUCACAAGGACUUUCCCUUCAAUGCAGAAUUCUGAGGCCAAUGAGAGCAUCAAAUAAUUGGUCUUUCUCCACAUCUGCUCUCCUUUUGUUUCUCCGUGCUAAUCUCACUCUUGAAAUGUUGUCCCAUUUUUAAUGUGAGUACAACAAAUUGAAAGCAACUGAUGUGUUUAACCACAGUGCAGCCUACACGCAGAUAACCUUGGCUGGCAUCCAAUCUUUCUCUGUAAUGGUUUAGGACAAAAUGCUUCUUUUUUUUGCUUUAAUUAAAUGUCAUGCUUUUAAUUAAUGUCAAAUAAAUGUAUACUUUUAGAGGGUU